UUUCGUAAAAAUAAUUGUUUAUUUCAACAAACAUAGGCUAACGUUACCGUCUUGAAGCGACCGCUUCCACCAGAAGUUAGCAUCCGUUCAAUGGUAGUGUUUUUCCUGAGGAAUGUGGUUUAUGAUUAUGAUUAUGGCAGAUUCUUGAUUAUGGCAGUUUUUUUAUUAUGGAAGCUUCCCCGCCGCACUGUCAUGGGAGAGCACCAUUACCUCUUCACUGUAUGCUGAAACGGAUCACGUACGUGACUCGUACCAAGUGUUUAUGAAAACCUAAGGAAUUACGCUUUACACAAGGAAACGCUGAUCUGGAAGUAAUUUCUUAUUUAUUUGUCAUCAACAUUGCACUCUUCGGAUCAUCGUGAUCUAACUUCGAGUUCUAAACAUGAUCAGCUCCACCCAGUGCCUCUGCUCUUCACUAAUACUGAGACAUGAUUGGAGCAGAGAAACUCAUCCUCAUUGGCUGCCUGCUGCAAGGAGCCCUGGGCGGAGAGUGGGCAGUCUGGAUGCCUCAGAGUAUAGAAGCUCUGAAUGGAUCCUGUGUGGUGAUUCCCUGCAGAUUUAAUAUCCCGUCUAAUUGGGAAAAAGAUCUGCCACAGACUACAAUACAAUGGCUUCGUAAAAAGGAUGAUACUGUUAUGUUUGAUUCUAAAAGCCAAUCUGAAUCUCUUCCGCAAGGAACGUUCACUGGAGACCUGCAGCGCAAGAACUGCACUACACUCCUAGAGAACCUUCCAAAACAUGCUCAUGAUAAAUAUCACUUAAGAUUACAUGAACCCAUCAAAUGGUCUUAUAAAGAAACAUUUCUUGAACUUAAUAUCACAGACUCUCCACCCAAACCCAAGUUAACCACAGAGAAGGUGGAGGUGAUGGAGGGGACCUCUGUGAGUUUGAGCUGCUCUGCUGCAGCCCCCUGUCCCAAACUCCCCCCAAAUCUGACAUGGACCCCCAGGCUGAGUGACAGUGUGGAUCAACUGCAAGAGAAUGAGGAUAAAACCACAUCUGUGUCUUCUGUUCUGACCUUCACUGCUUCCCACCUCCACCAUGAGCAGAAGAUCACCUGCAGGGCACUUUACACACUGCAAAAAGGAGGCAAUCAGAAGAUGUCUGAGGCCAGUCUGACUCUCAAAGUCCGAUAUCCUCCUAAGAACACCUCAGUGUCUGUCAGUCCCUCUGGUUCAGUGUUAGAGGGCAGCUCAGUGAUUCUGACCUGCAGCAGUAAAGCCAGCCCACCAGUGCAGAACUACACCUGGUAUAGAGUGAAUGGGACAGAGAUGAACACUGUAGGAACUGGACAGAAUCUCACCUUCAAUGUGACUGAGUCCAGUGGCAGUGAACAGUACUACUGUGAAGCACAGAAUAAACAUGGCAAGGAGAACUCAGCAACUGUGCAGCUGGGAGUUGAUUAUCCUCCUAAGAACACCUCAGUGUCAGUCAGUCCCUCUGGUUCAGUGUUAGAGGGCAGCUCAGUGACUCUGACCUGCAGCAGUAAAGCCAGCCCACCAGUGCAGAACUACACCUGGUAUAGAGUGAAUGGGACAGAGAUGAACACUGUAGGAACUGGACAGAAUCUCACCUUCAAUGUGACUGAGUCCAGUGGCAGUGAACAGUACUACUGUGAAGCACAGAAUGAACAUGGCAAGGAGAACUCAACAACUGUACUGCUGAAUUUGAUAUACAUGCCUCAGAUCUCUGGCUCUGGGAGCUGCAGCAGAACUGCAGCAGAGAUCAGCUGCUCCUGUGAGAGCCGUGGGAAUCCCUCUCCCAGCAUGGAGUGGCGUGUGUCUGGACUGCGGGUCACUAACUCUACUGACAGAGUCAUCAGGGAGGAGCAGCUGGGGAACACAGGCCUGAGGAGCUCCCUCACCAUGCGCCACUCACAGGGAGACACGGCCACUCUCCUCUGCCUCAGUACCAACGCUCUCGGCACCUCCAGCCUCCAGCUCAGUGUCCCGUCUCCACAGCAACACUCAGAUUUCAGCAUUCCCUCACUGCUGAUUGGUGCAGCUGCUGGUGCCGGUGCCAUGAUGUGUAUUUGCCUCAUAAUGCAGCUCGUUCUAAAGAAAAAGAGACACAGCCAUGGUUCUCAAAUGAAGGACACUGAAGGGCUCAUGCUGAUGGCUGGGAUGGCCACUCAAGAUGAGGAAUCGACCAACGCCAACAAGACCACGCUGUCAGACCCGGGGGCCGUGGGAAAGGGGAACGGGACCUCCCUACACUACGCCACCGUGGAUUUCUCCAAACUCCGCAGCACGGGUGGCAAUCAAGGAACAGGUGUUAACCGGGGCAGUUCCCAACUGACUUCCGACUACGCCGUGAUCCGACUCACAUCCAGAGAAGAAGGUGAGGAGGUGCAGGGGGAGGUGGAGGUGGAGAAGGAGGGACCGGCUGAGCUGGGAGCAGAGAGGGAGACAGCCGAGGUGAGGGGCGGGCAGGAGGGGGAGCCGGAGGGGGAGUGUUCGCCGAAUGUGAACCAGCAGCCUUCCAUCAACCCUGACCCCGUGGAGGAGGCCACCUACGGGAACAUCUGUCGCUCCAGGCCCACUAAGAGGGCACAGCAGGGGCAGCAGGAGACACCCAGGAACCCUGCUCCAGAGGAGGAGGAGCAGAGAGAGGAGGGGCAGGAGGACAUGUACGUGGAUCUCAUGAGCCCCCUGACGGAGGGAGGUGGAAAGGGAGUGGAGGAGAGUGAGUACGCCGAGGUCAGGAAGCUCCAGUAACACGCCACGGAGAUACUACGACCCAUUGCGAUGCGCUCUGCUCUCAAAAUACCAGAAUAUUUACUUCACAGCGUGCUACAAAUGUUUUAUAUUUCAGUAUGUUACAUUACGUGCCUAUGAAAAAGCUACUGUGCUUUGUUACAGUUUUUGGCAGUGUGAUAAAUUUUAAGGUACCUUUAAGUCAUGAUUAUAUUGGCAGAGAAGUGACAGCUUUGGCAGUUUUUUUUAUUUACAUUGCAUCACAUUAAUUCACCAGUUUUAAGUGUGUGGUCCUUCACAGCAUGCUAUGUACAUCCAGAUAUAUAACAUCAAGUUCACAUUAGUGUUAUGUGACAUUGCGUUAUGCUACCAUACAGAUAUGACUGUUUCCCACGUCCAUGUGCAAGCCAAUGUGUGAAGAGUCUUAGCCAUGUUACUUUGCUGUGUGUUACAAAAUAUGACAUUAUCAUUGUUUUACCACAUACGUUUUUAGCAAUAAUUGUACAGGUUGUGAACCAGAGGUCUGUGGUGGACUCCACAACACAUUCUCUCAUUUCCUGUUUUCAUUAAUAUAUAUAUUUUUAAUCUCUGUAAAUAUAUCUUUUAGUGGUUUUCAGAAUACCUGUCAUUAAGAAUGUUUGCUACUCCCGUUUGCCCUCCCAAGUCCCUUCUCCUUUGCUACUGAGAGUUCUUAUUCAGUCAUAGACUGGCCAUAAGGGCUUUUCAAAUGUUGAUUUGACAUUCUGGGCUUACAUGCUAACCACAUAGCUCUGAAACAGAUAUAUUGACCAUCUGGGCACCAAGUGUUGCGCCAAGUUGUAGAAGUGUGCCGUGGACCUGGAAUAUGAGCAUUUGUAAUUUAAUUGGUGAGAAGAGGGCAGGUUAUGCAUCCUGCUCUGGCGCCCCUUUACCUACAGUAUCUGCUCUUUUGUUUUUUUUUGUUUUUAAUAUUAUCAUUAAAACACUUUUCCUGAAA